AUGGAACUCGGGCUCGAUGGGUUCGUAUCGCAGGACGCUGACGGCUCCGCGACCGCACAGAUCGAUGCAAUAAUCCAGAGCGAGGCUCCUCGCUCCUGGCUGGCGAGCGCAAGAGCGCCGCGUUCGGACCGCGGGCCCUGCAGCAGCUCCAGACGGGGGGGGCCCGCGGGGCCGCGAGAAGCCGCCGCCGGCGGUGGCGUCGGCGGCGUCGUGGGCCACUUCCGAGGCCUCGGAGAAGCGACCGCAGCCGUGGCAGCGGCCGCGGUGUGGAACUCUUCGGGUCGACUUCACGGCUACCACCGCGACUCGGGCUCGGCGCUGCAUCACCACGGCCACCACCACCACGGCCACCACCACCACCACCCUCACCACCACAACCUCCUCCUCCAGGGCGGCGUCGGCGGCGGUGUGGGAGGAGGUGGUGGUGGUGGUGGUGGAGGUGGUGGUGGAGGACCCUCGGCGCACGAAAGCAGCGGGGAGGGAACCGCGGACGAUGACAGCGAUCGCUCAGAGAGCGCCGAGGCUGGCAGCGGCGGAGGAGACCCGGGGGGGCUCGGAGCCCCGGGCUCGAGCCUCGUGGGGGUGACGGUGGCCGGCGCGGCUCCGGGAGCUCUGGCGGCAGCCGCGGCCGCCGCGUGCAAGGUCCGCGGCGCGCUGAGCCGCAAGAACAAGGAGCAGAGGGCGCUGCGCUUGAGCAUCAACGCGCGCGAAAGGAGGCGCAUGCACGACCUGAACGACGCCCUGGACGACCUGCGGGCCGUGAUCCCGUACGCGCACAGCCCCUCGGUGCGCAAGCUCUCCAAGAUCGCCACGCUGCUCCUGGCCAAGAACUACAUCCUCAUGCAGGCGCAGGCCCUCGAGGAGAUGCGUCGCCUCGUCCUCUACCUCAACCAGGGCCAGCCCGUGCCGGCCUCGGCGGUGGCCCUGCAACCGGCGACUCUCGCCACUGGCCUGGGACCAGCGCUCGUUCCGCCGUCGCUCGGCGCCUACGACCAGGCGGCCUUCGGCUUCCAGGCGUCGGCAGCGGCGGCGGUGGCAGCUGCGGCCGCUGUGGCCGCGACCACAGGCGGGGGAGGAGGAGGAGAGAAGUGCGGCUGCUCGGGGUUUCACGGCAGCGGCUGCAAACACUGCGACGACAGCUCGUGAGGUGUCGCGGCGGCGGCGGCGGGGAGGAGGAGGAGGUGGUGGUGGCCGGCACCACCGCAGCCACUGCCACGUGGUUGUUUCAUUGAUUGGUGGGACUUGGAAUGAGCGUGGGACUCGGCACCGAACUGUGGAGUUGUGGAGACAAAGAGGCUGGCGGUGGCGGUGAGACCGCAGAGAGAGGGAGAUGUGGUGAGCCUUCGACACUUUACCCUGAUGGCCUCAACGUGCACGUAGCCUGGCACAAAGCGCUGUGGUGACGUCUCCGCCACUU